AUGUUUUCUAAAAUUCAACCAUCGCUUGAAGCAUUGACUUCAAUUGUUCAAUCACAUCAAGAUGAUGAAAAUAAGCCUAAUUUGUAUCCAAUUUACAAAUAUGUUACAGCAGAUGAUUUGACUGUUCAUAAAGCAUAUUUGAAAUUAGCAAAAUUGAACGACCCAAAGAGAUCACCAUCAUUUUUAUUUGAGUCGGCAGUUAACGGUGAUACCGUUGAUAGAUACUCGUUUAUUGGUCUCAAUCCAAGGAAAGUGAUAAGAACUGGUGAAGACGAAAGAUUAUUCCCUAAAGAGCAUUGUAAUGUUGAUCCAAUUACCAUAUUAGAAAAGGAACUUGCAAAGUAUAAUCAAAUUCAAUUACCGGGAUUGCCAAAAUUUAGUGGUGGUGCAGUUGGUUACAUUUCAUAUGAUUGUAUUAAAUACUUCGAACCUAAGACUCGUAAGCCCUUAGAAGAUGUAUUACAGUUACCAGAAGCUGUGUUAAUGUUAUGUGAUUUAAUUGUUGCAUUCGACCGUGUUUAUGAUAGAUUUCAGAUCAUCAAUAAUGUGGCGGUUACUGAUUCAAAUGAUUUACAAGCAAGCUUCAAUAAAGCUGCCGAAGCGAUUGAUAAUGUGGAAAAGAUUUUAAGAUCCGAAUCUACACCAGAAGAAAUAAACCCAAAACAACCUCCAAUCAAGGCUAAUCAAACGUUCACAUCAAACAUAGGUCAAGAAGGUUACGAGGGCCAUGUUUCGACCUUGAAGAAGCACAUCUUAAAAGGUGACAUCAUCCAGGCGGUUCCAUCUCAAAGGGUUGCUAGACCUACGUCAUUACAUCCAUUCAACAUAUAUCGUCAUUUAAGAACUGUGAACCCAUCACCAUAUUUGUUCUACAUAGAUCUUAUUGAUUUUGAGAUUAUCGGUGCAUCCCCAGAGCUUCUUGUGAAAGCGGAUGAAAAGGGUAAGGUUGUGACUCAUCCAAUUGCCGGAACUGUGAAGAGAGGUAAAACUAACGAAGAAGAUGAAGCAAAUGCCGAAAUUUUAAGAUCGAGUUUGAAGGACAGGGCGGAACACAUCAUGUUGGUGGAUUUGGCCCGUAACGACAUAAAUAGAAUCUGUACGCCGGAAAGCAACAAAGUAGACCGUCUCUUGACAAUUGAAAGAUUCUCUCACGUUAUGCAUUUGGUAUCUGAAGUGAGCGGUACCUUGAGAUCGGAUAAAACGAGGUUUGAUGCCUUCAGAUCUAUUUUCCCUGCUGGAACAGUAAGUGGUGCACCAAAGGUUAAAGCCAUGGAGUUAAUUGGUACACUCGAGAAAGAGAAGAGAGGUGUUUAUGCGGGUGCUGUUGGUCACUGGGGUUAUGAUGGUAAGACCAUGGACACUUGUAUCGCCUUGAGAACCAUGGUUUACAAGAAUGGCAUUGCAUAUUUGCAAGCUGGUGGGGGAAUUGUUUUCGACAGUGAUGAAUAUGAUGAAUACGUGGAAACUAUGAAUAAGAUGAAGGCCAACAAUCAGACCAUUAUUGAUGCCGAAAAGGUUUGGAUUGAAAAAGUUGGACAAGAAUAG